AUGGCUGUACCCACAAAAGAUCUCGUCGACCUACUCGACGAUGUUUUAGCAGUUAUAUUUGAUCAGAUACUAGUAACAAUUGGAGUAUGGAAGACCAUGAACUUACGAGUUCUUUGCAGACUCUUCAACACAAUAGUCCCGAAGACUUUAUGCCUCGACCAUAUGGCAAACUCAGAAGGUCCAGUUGAUGACGCUCUUGAAAUAUGUCUUAAAUAUCCCGAGAGCAAAUUACCUGGCAUCGCACAUCUCUUCAUUCAUCUAGAAAUGAAAUACAACCCCCACCACACAAUACUCUCUCCUGUCUAUUAUGCUAUCCAAUCUGUGAAGGCGCGUAUUAACAACAUUCAGACAAGAGACGAGCAAACAGCUUUCGAGAUCAAAGUUUGCCAUGCGAUAGAAGAACGCUUAAAGUGGGGCUCAAACGAUGACCGAGACCCAGGUGCGUGUGGCCGAAGGAGAUCACAAUUUCGUAAUGCUGUUGUCGGUGAAGAUGGCGAAGCAAGGCUAGACAUCCAAACUAUUCUCAGUGUAGCUAUUAUUGCAGGAGAUGCUUCCGUUGUACGAGAGCUACUUGUAAAUUGUAACGCUGAUGCCGAUUUAGACAACGAAUAUUUUGGAAGACCUAUACAUCUUGCCGCAAGUUAUGGAAGAACCGAAAUUAUUGAAAUUCUGCUUGAGUGUGGUGCGGAUUUGAGUUCAAUUCGGCCAUAUCUAAUCCAUCAGUCAAAGAGAUUCACAAUGCACCUGCAGAAGUUCAUUUGCACUUUCGAAAGCCCUUUGCGAAUAGCAGCAUUGAAUGGCCAUCUCAAAGCUGUAACACUUCUCACCGAACCACGUUACAAUGCUGUAUUACCAUUUCCAGAAGAGGAAAUCCAGGAAGCUUUUCGCGCAGCAGCUAGAAGUGGGAGCAUAGCUUUGAUUUCUAUUCUCGCCGAGUCAUUUUUAGGAUCACUACCCUGGGACUUGCCAGCAAAUAUCCGAGAGGAGAUGCUUAUCCAAAAUAUCAAUUUUGCGGUAUCUGCUACUUGGGAGACUAUGCCAAAUUGGUCGCCCAUUCACUGUGCCGCUUAUAAGGGCCGCUCGAAAGUUGAUCAGCUGCUACUCGAAAAUGGCGCAAAUCGAGAUAGCUUUGCCACCGCCAUACGUGUGCAUUGCAACAGUUUGGAUGCAAUAGGUUUUGCCGUUUCCAAGGACCAUGAAGAUGUCGUUCACGUUCCUUUGAAUCACGCCUCAUUUUGGAACCAGCAUCAUAUCAUGAGGCUACUGUUAAAGAACACGGCGGAUUCCGACAGAUACAUGGACAGGUCGGCUCUAUCAUAUCCUAUUGAAGUUGGAGAUCCCCUAACUCUGCGUCUCCUGAUAGAAGCCGGCUACCCUGUCGAGACCAUCAAAGACGUUAAAUCUAUCAAUUACAACUCUUCUCCAGUCCUUCUAGCAAUGAAAUGCGGGUGGCCACAUAUUCUGGAGUACCUUUUCAGUGUCAACAGUGAAAAGAUUGAUCCAUUGGAUGAGGAGCAAUUUCUCCUUGGCUCGACUGUCAGAAACGAUUUUACGAGUGGUCAAUAUCCCCGUAGACACGCAAAAGAACCAUAUCAGCUUUGGUAUAUACAGGGCAGGUAUUGA